GUGACCUGCGGCAGAGUGGGUGGAUGAGGCUGGUCCUGGGGACAGGGAGGGGCUGCAGCCCAGGCCGCUCAGCCGGACAAUAGCCCCCAGCCAGGCCAGAGCCCAGAGGCCUGAGACGCAUGCCCGUCAUGGACUCAGGACCCCAUCAGGCAGGCCGGCCAGCCCCACUCCCCACGCCUCCCCAGGGUCACUCUUGUGACAAGGAGCCAGGCACCCUCCUGGGGGUGGCAGCAGGAUGGGCCUGGGGUCCACAGGCAGGAAAAGGCCUUCCAGGCUCAGAGGAAACCACCUGGGGUUUGCUCACUCAUCCAGCAAAUACCUGUCACCGUUCAGUUGUGGAAGCAGAGGAAAUAAACACAAGGAGAGGCGAGAAGCUCCACCUCACCCCAGUGGGGGCUGCAGUUGGCUGGAGACCAGGGCAUGGGGAGCGCCCCUGAGCAGCCGUGGCUGGGGUGGGAGCAGGGCCAUGAUGGCUCUGGAGAAAAGUGGGGCAGGCAGCCGCCUCCCUGGGACUGAGGGGCUGCAAGGAGAAGUCGCACCCCUAUGCACGGUACCCAGUCCCCAUGGCCACCCUGGCAUUUCAGGCACCUGCUGUGUGCCAGGUCGGGACCCAGACUGGCAUCCUCUCUCUCUGUGUGUACCUGCACCUGGCAGGAAGCAGCAGCACCAUCUGGUUGCCCAGCAGCCUUGUCCUGCUCCCAGCUGCCUGUGGCCCCACCAGACUCAGCCCCCCAGCAAGGAGGCCUUCGGCUGCAGGGCAGGGGCUGGGCGGACGCAGCCUGUGGCUGGGGGCACUCAGGAGCCCUGGCUUCGCCUCUGCUCUCGGCACGCAUGUGGACAGCUCACCCUCCAGCAGGGAUCCGGACCAAAGUCCUUGGCCCACCAGGUUCUGAGUCCUGACAGGGCUGUUGACAGCUUCCCUCUCCACUCUGGCACCUUCUGGCAGGAGCCUCCGGGCCCUCACCCUGGGGCAGCGACUCCUGCACCACCAGCCACGCCCAGCCACAAGAAAGUGCAGAACAGCUCAGGCCCUUCUCACAACUUCCUGGAGCUCAGGGACAGGCAGCGUCUGGGUCUGGGUCCAAGGUGGUGAAUGUCACCACCACACCUGCCCUCUCUCGGCCUCGGGGCGCAAACUCAGGGCCUGUGUCCACUCUGUUCAGUUUUUUGGGCACAGUUGGUGUUAGGUGACAGACUCGGGAUUGGCCUUGGACACUCAGCCCCAUCUUUCUGGAGUAAAGACUCAUGACCCACGUCUGAGUCUGACCGUGAGGCAGCCCUCAGGGAUGCACAGGACUCCCUGUCCGCACCACCAGGCAGCCGAGGCAGGUUUGGACCAGCUUCUCACACUCACACCUUCCUAGGGUUGCCCCAGGCCCUGCCCUGCUGACCCUGCAGCUAUGACCUCUGACCUGUGGAGGGUGGGAGGGACGAGCAGGAGGGAGAGUGGGAAGGAGGAAUGGAAAACAGAGACCCGGAAGGGAGGCUGCAGCCCCGACACGAACAGGAGCCACCACCAGGGGGGGCUGUGCAGGGCUCCCGGAGGACAGGACCUUCCAGGGCCUCCCUGCCCCGAACCCAUAGGUGCCAGGCUUCUCAGUGCUCACAACCCCUGUGCCGGGCUCAUACCUGCCGCGCCAGCCCCUCUUUAGCAGAGCACAAGUCUGGCAGCAGGAGGGCACCAGGCAGGGGCCCCGCGUUCCCGCCUCUGUACAGCAGGGCCACUGUGGGGUGACGUGAGAACACUGACCCGGGGAAUGGGCUCUGCCACGCCUGCCCGGGAACCUGGGCUGUGAGUCCUGCUCGCUGCACCCUCUAGCCUGACAUUGAAGUGACCUCGCCAGCGGGGCCCUCCAUGGCACUGGGCACUCAGGGAGAGCACGUGGCAUUGCAGAAGGUAUUCUGAGUCCUACAGAGAGGGACCCGCAGGGCGCCUGCCCCACAGGCACGUGGGGCUCCUGCUGGGGCUGUCAAGGACCCCCGGGCACUGAGAGGACAUCUGGGCCCUUCAGCAGCCAGGCUGACGGGUUCCCUGCACACACGAUCCAGCAGCCCGGGAAGGAAGUGCCUGACCAGAGACCCCUGGGCAGGGAGGGGCUCCCAGGCCACCUGGCUCCCGCCCACCCACCUUGCCCUGCACAAUGUCAGUCCAGGAUGUCCGUCUCUGGCUCCAUCUCAGAUGUCACUGCCUCUCCGUUGUCUUCCUCCUUCCCCUUUCCCUGCCUCCUUCCUGAUUCAGUGCUCGGGCCUGCCAGAGUAUCCUGGUCUGGACAUGUUAGAACGGCUGGGCCAUGAUCCCUCCCCAGGGUCGAAGGGGCCACAGCUGGGCCUGGAGGCUGCUCCUGGCCGUGUGGCAUGACCGCUCCCUGCCUGGGCUGGAUCAGACUAGGGAGCUGAGAGUCCGAGGGGCACCCCGGGAAGAGAUGCUGCUGGAGAUCGGAGGGGACCAGAA